GCUUACCCGGGUACGGCGGACGGCGGCGGACGGCGGCGGCGGCGGCGGCGGCGGCGGGCCCAACCGUCCCCCUGCAGCCCCGGUCAUGGCCUGCAGCCUGAAAGAUGAGCUGCUGUGCUCCAUCUGCCUCAGCAUCUACCAGGACCCAGUGAGCUUCGGCUGUGAGCACUACUUCUGCCGCCGCUGCAUCACAGAGCAUUGGGUGCGCCAGGAGCCGCAGGGUGCCCGCGACUGCCCCGAGUGCCGCCGCACCUUCACCGAGCCCACGCUGGCCCCCAGCCUGAAGCUGGCCAACAUCGUGGAGCGCUACAGCGCCUUCCCCUUGGAUGCCAUCCUGGGGGCUCAGCGCAGCCCCUUCCCCUGCAAGGACCACGAGAAGGUGAAGCUCUUCUGCCUCACCGACCGCACUGUUGUCUGCUUCUUCUGUGACGAGCCAGCCAUGCACGAGCAGCACCAGGUCACCAACGUGGAUGAUGCCUUCGAGGAGCUGCAGCGGGAGCUGAAGGAGCAGCUGCAGGGCCUGCAGGAGAGUGAGCGAGGCCACACCGAGGCCCUGCACCUCCUCAAGAGGCAGCUGGCCGACACCAAGUCAUCGGCCAAAAGCCUGCGGGCCACCAUCGGGGAGGCCUUUGAGCGGCUGCACCGGCUGCUGCGGGAGCGGCAGAAGGCGAUGCUGGAGGAGCUGGAGGCCGACACGGCACGGACGCUGACCGACAUCGAGCAGAAGAUCCAGCGCUACAGCCAGCAGCUGCGCAAGGUGCAGGAGGGCAGCCAGAUCCUGCAGGAGCGCCUGGCCGAGGCUGACAAGCACGCCUUCCUGGCCGGCGUCGCGUCCCUGUCCGAGAGGCUGAAGGGGAAGAUCCAUGAGACCAACCUGACCUACGAGGACUUCCCCACCUCCAAGUACAUGGGGCCGCUGCAGUACACCAUCUGGAAGUCGCUCUUCCAGGACAUCCACCCGGUGCCCGCGGCGCUGACGCUGGACCCCGGCACGGCCCACCAGCGCCUCAUCCUCUCCGACGACUGCACCAUCGUGGCCUACGGCAACCUGCACCCGCAGCCGCUGCAGGACUCGCCGCGCCGCUUCGACGUGGAGGUGUCGGUGCUGGGCACGCAGGCGUUCGGCGGCGGCGUGCACUACUGGGAGGUGGUGGUGUCUGAGAAGACGCAGUGGAUGAUCGGGUUGGCGCACGAGGCUGUCACCCGCAAGGGCAGCAUCCAGAUCCAGCCCAGCCGUGGCUUCUACUGCAUCGUCAUGCACGACGGGAACCAGUACAGCGCCUGCACCGAGCCCUGGACACGGCUCAACGUCAAGAGCAAGCUGGAGAAGGUGGGCGUCUUCCUGGACUACGACAAGGGGCUGCUCAUCUUCUACAACGCCGACGACAUGUCCUGGCUCUACACCUUCCGGGAGAAGUUCCCCGGGAAGCUCUGCUCCUACUUCAGCCCCGGGCAGAGCCACGCCAACGGGAAGAACGUCCAACCGCUGCGCAUCAACACCGUCCGCAUCUAGCGGGACCCCGCGGGGUGGCGGCGGGACGGGGCCGCGCUGAUGCCCGCGGGGCGCGGCCGACUUUGGGUACCGGGCACGGCGCGGCUGGAGUCCCCGUCCUGUGCUUCCACGCGGCCCCGCGGGUCUGGCCCUGCUCCGGCCGCUGCAAUAAAAGGUGCAUUUGGAGCCGAGGGGCUGUGGUGCAGCCCCUGCGCGGGGUGCGGGACGCCGUGCCGUCCUGUGCCACGUGUUGUGCGGGGGCUGCGGGUGCGGAUGGUGCAGGGUGGCUGCAGCGGUGCUGGCAGAAAUUGUGCCCCGCAGGGGGUGUGCGGUAGGGCUGUCACAUGGGGGCUUGGGGCGCGAUGUCUAGCGUGGGGCGUAGGGCUGUGCAAUAUAAACAGCUGAGAAGGUGCGAUGAGCGGGGCGCGGUGAUGAGUGGGGCUGCGC